AUGACUUAUCAAAACAAAAAAUAUACACAACGAAAUCACUCAAAAGUUUUGGAAGCAGCAAAAUUAAUUAUCGGUUUGUACAACUUUCAGCUUUCAUUGUGUGCUUUCACUUAAAUAUAUAGCAACUUUAACGUUUUACCAACGUUUCAACAGUAUUACUCAAGCAGACAUGAUGUUGACUUUACCUUACUCUGCUGAAUAAAUGCAAAAUUCAUAUAUUUGCGUGCUCGUUUGAGUAAUACAUGAAAAUCAUGGAGUUAAGUCAUAGUUUAGUAUUAAACGAAGAAGCCUUAAAAGAAAUUCCGGAGCCAAAACGACCAGUAUUCGUCUUUGAAUGGCUACGUUUUCUGGACAAGGUCUUAUCAACAGCUCAAAAGGCCGACAUCAAAGGAUAUCAAAAGAAACUAGUGGCACAAUUAUUGGAUAUAAUUCAAGAGAGUCCGGGUCCUCCGACUCGAAGAUUAGUUGCUCGAUGUUUAGCCACACUGUUCAGUGUCGGCGAUACAUUCCUGUUAUUUGACACAGUCAACAAAUGUAACGAUAUCUUGAAGAAUAAGGACGACUCACCCAGUUUUCCGCAAACAAAACUAGCUGCAAUUUGUUGUAUUGGAUUCAUGUAUCAGAAACUAGGUCGUAUGAUGGGUAGAUCGUACGAAGAAACAGUCCAAAUUUUGAUCAAGUGUUUACGAAAUGCGGAAUCUUUAACUCGUAUCGAAGUUAUGCUGGCCUUUGAAAAAGUUUGUUGCGGAAUGGGCGCUGCCAUAUCGAAUAUCCACAAAGAAAUUUAUAAAGCAGCCCGUCAUUGUUUAACCGACCGAGUGAUGGCUGUGCGAUGUGCUGCUUCUAAGUGUUUAUUGGAAAUGUCUAAACAUGCACCUUUCAUUUACACUACUGAAUUAGAAAGUAUGGCUGCUCUGUGUUUUCGAGCAUUUGACGGUGCUAAUUACGAAGCGCGUUACGCAAUAGCUAAAUUAUUAGGCACCUUAGUGGCAUCCACACAAACACAAGCAAAUAACCAAUUGCCUGUAUCAGGUCCAAAAAAAGACACCAAAGAAGUCUCGUUAGAUGACGCUUUUGGAAUCCUCAUGUCCGGAUUUCUACGUGGAGGCACCGGAUUUCUGAAAGGCACAGGAGAAAUCAUCAAAGGAAGCUCAACAGUGAAUCGAGAAGUUCGUGUUGGAGUAACACAUGCAUAUGUGAUAUUUAUUCAAAUUUUGGGAGCUAAUUGGCUCGAAAGAAAUACCAACUUCAUUUUAAACCAUAUACUUGAUUUGGUAGCCAACCCUAAAGCUGCAUCCUCGCAUAUAGAUGCCGUAUAUUCGCGCAAAUGUAUAAAUUUCAUACUUAGAAGCAUCUUGGGGCGUAUGCUUAGUGAAAAAGCUCAAGCAUCAACCUGUAAACAACUGGCGAUUAUUGUAGCCAAACAGAUGGCCACUAUAGAUUUUAGCCCAGAAAAUGCCAAGGACAGCAAUCAAGAAACUCUCUUUGGUCAGCAUUUGUUAGUUUGCGCAUUACAAGAAAUGGGAUUAUUGAUGCUGAGUUUAGGAACGACUGCAAAUAACCUUAUAUCGGAUCCCUCAUGUGGUUUGAUUGAAGCCGUAAUGGCAGUCUUGAUUCAUCCAUGUUACGCUGCCAGAUUAGCAGCAGCUUGGUGUCUUCGAUGUAUAUGUAUUGCUGUUCCAGGCCAAUGUACUAUUUUAAUAAACAGAUGUCUCGAAGGACUGGAGAACAUGAAAACAACCUCGGAAGCGAUUUCUGGAUAUAGUGGAGCAUUAGCUGCAGUUUUAGGAGGAGUCAGACUUUCUCCUUUGGGUGUUCCUCACACUAAAGGAAAAAUUAUAUUCAACACAGCUGAAGAGUUACUUCGCAGUGCGAAUCAGAAUAGUCGGCUUUCGUUACAUCGGACGCAAGCUGGUUGGCUUCUGAUCGGUUCUAUUAUGACUCUAGGGAGUUCUGUUGUUCGUAGUUUAUUACCGAGAAUGGUAUUAUUGUGGAGAAAUUCAUUUCCUCGUUCGAAUAAAGAAUUAGAUUCGGAAAAAGCUCGCGGAGAUGCGUUUACUUGGCAGGUGACUCUUGAAGGAAGAGGUGGAGCGCUGUCUUCUAUGCACAGCUUUUUACAAAAUUGUCCCGAACUUGUGAAUGAAGAUAUUAUUCGAAGAUUAUUGACACCAAUUGAGUCUGCGAUAUCAAUGCUGAUCAAUAUGGGAUCGGUAAUAAAAUCCUACGGACAACAUAUCAAAGCUCCUGCAGCUACAGUGAGACAUCGACUUUACGAAACCCUCUCACUAAUUCCACCUCAUGCUUUCGAAGGUUCCUAUACCCACAUAUUGAGACUUUUAGUAUCAGAAUUCACAUUGAGUGAAAAUCCAGCGAAUACAACGUGUUCAUUGCUUCGAGCAUCUUGUCACACUGAUGAAUCAGUUUUAUUAGGCACUGCUCCUCUUCUGCAUACUGAUCAUCGUAUUGUUGAGGAUCAAUUGAUGGCUAGUAGCGCAUCUGGUUCUGGAGCACUAGAACACGAUCCAUGUUGCUUGUAUAGACCAAUGACGAAUGAAGAACUCCCCGGACCAUUACCUCUCGGUGUAGCUGUAAUUGACUCUUCAGUGUCACUAUUCGGCCUAAUAUUCCCACGUGUUGCAAACAAGCACCGGUUUCAAAUUUUGGAGCAUUUCGUCGAAUGCAUUAAACAAGCGAAAUCAUCUCGAGCUGACGCAGUCACAAUUAAUAUUUUCGCUUCAUUAUUAGCAGCGUUGAAAGGUUUAACGGAAGCUAAAGGAAAUAUCGGCCAAGAAGACGUCAGAAAAGCUGCAACAUCAUUUAUAGUGGGGACUCUGACUAAUAGCAGUCCAAUUUUACGAUGUGCUGCUGCCGAAUCACUGGGUCGUUUAGCUCAGGUCGUGGCAGAUCCGAGAUUCACCGCUGAAUUGGCUCAAACUAGUUUUGAUCGUUUGAGGAAUGCUCGCGAUGUUGCGAGUCGUACAGGGCAUUCUUUGGCAUUGGGAUGUAUACAUCGUUACGUCGGUGGCAUGGGAUCUAGUCAGCAUUUAAACAUGAGCGUCAGUAUUCUGCUAGCUCUGGCACAAGAUUGUACUUCUCCUGUGGUGCAGGUUUGGUCGUUGUAUGCAUUAUCACUUAUUGCUGAAUCAGGUGGACCAAUGUUCCGUGGAUACGUAGAACCUUCGCUUUCAUUGGCUUUAAAAUUACUUUUAACAGUUCCUCAAUCCCAUGUUGACGUGCAUCAUUGCAUUGGUAAAGUACUGUCUGCUUUGAUAACCGUCAUUGGACCAGAAUUACAAGGAAAUGCAACGGCAACAUGCACAGCUAGAUCAUCGUUUUUGUGCGCUUGUGCCAUCAUGCAAGACCAUCAAGAUCCGUUAGUACAAACUGAAGCUACCGCUUGCUUACAACAGCUGCAUUUAUUUACUCCAAGACACGUCAAUUUAUCCUCUUUUGUUCCCACACUUUGUAAAACAUUACCGAGUAAUCAUUUGUUGUUGAGAAAAGCUGCGGUAUCUUGUUUACGUCAAUUAGCUCAGCGAGAAGCGAGAGAAAUCUGCGAACAUGCGUUAACGUUAAUCAAUGAAAAUAACGAAAAUGCCACCGACGAUUAUUUGGCUAUGACUGAAAGUGGCUUACCUGGAUUACUUUUCAAACUAUUAGACACAGAAACGGAUAAACAACUUAUUAAAGACGUACACGACACAUUGACGAGUAUGCUGCAAAUGUUAGCUGCUGAUAAUUUAACGCAGUGGUUGUCCCUUUGUCGAUCUGUUCUCACUAUAACAUCUGAAUCCAAUACUGAUAACGACACUGCCAGAAAUGCUACACUCGUCGAGGAAACCGAGGAAGAAGGAGACGAUUUGGCUGAAUUUAAAACUGGCGAAAAUAAUCCAAAAAAGAAUUCCAUUCAGCCUCGCUGGCCUACCCGAGUAUUCGCCGCCGAAUGCGUGCGACGUAUCAUCACCACAUGUCAAGCAGCUGGUCCUGCUCAUUUCGAUUUACAAUUAGCCAAAGAAUUAAAUUUGUCUAAAAAUAAGGGCGAUUAUUUAGUAUCCCAUUUAUCGGAAUUGAUUCGAAUGGCAUUUAUCGCCGCCACCAGUGACUCGGAUGAAUUACGAUUGGAAGGAUUACGAACAUUGCAUAUAAUCAUAGAUAAAUUUUCCAAAGUCCCCGAACCCGAGUUUCCGGGUCAUUUGUUACUAGAACAGUUCCAAGCUCAAGUUGGAGCUGCUUUGAGACCCGCAUUUUCCAACGAAACAGCCAGUCAUGUUACAGCUGCUGCUUGCGCCGUUUGUAGUGCUUGGAUUGGUAGCGGAGUUGCUAAGGAUUUGAACGAUCUACGUCGAGUUCACCAGUUACUCGUGUCUUCGCUGACUAAAUUACAAAAUACAUCGAAUGCCACUACUCUAUACAACGAAAGCGUCGCUACGUUGGAAAAGCUCUCCAUUUUGAAAGCCUGGGCUGAGGUUUACAUCGUAGCUAUGGUGAACGAAGGUUACACCAGUGAUAUUAAAAUAACCAUGCCUACGAUCGAAGAUGAAGAAAGUGACGAAGAUUUCGGUAAAUUCGAAAGUAAAGGCGAAAGUUUAUUGAGUUUGGUUCAGCCUGAAUUAUCUUCGUUGGCUGAACAUUGGCUCGCUGCGUUACGCGAUCAUGCGUUAUUAAUGUUGCCACCAGAAUAUUCUAGUCAAUUGCCAAGAGAUGGAGGUGCAUUUUAUACGAAUGAUACGAUGGAUAGUUGCAGGCCUCAUUAUUGUGCUACGUGGCCUGCGCUUUUACACGCUGCUACGCUUUGGUUAACUUCAGAUUUCUUUAAACAACCCCCUGCGGAGAAAAAUGAUAAAAUUGCCAAGAAAGCUACCGAAUAUUUCGGAUUGAUCUUCGGUAUAUGUAUGGAAUCGUUGUGCAAUUCACGUUCUGUUUGUCCAACUGACAGUGUUAUUACGUGUUUACGUACGUUAUAUGCGUUGUUAAGUCUGCCAUACCCGCGUCAGCUUCUGACAGCUAAUUCCAAAUUACCUAUCGAAGUGUGCAAUGUUCUUCAUAGAUUAAUUCUAACCAAAGAUCAUUCAGAAAUUCAUAGAUUAUGUAUGGAUGUAUUAAAACAGACUAUUUUAGCGGUUCAAGAAUCAUUGACUUCUGCCAAAAAAAGCAAAUUCAAAGAAUUAUAUCCUGUCAACCAAGACGUUGCUAUCAGUAGCGUCGAAGAACUAGACUUAUUAGGAGAAGGUGGCGAAGAUGGAAAUAUCAAUCACACCCAAGGUUUUGUUUUUGCUGUGCUUGAAGUAUGUCUAUGUUUGAUCGUUCGACAAAUGCCAACGUUGAAUUGGUUAUCUCUCGUCUCAUCUACUGUUCAAACGAGACAACAAUUACCCAGCAACGAACUCAGCGAUUUAGUUGCUAGUUCUAUUACUGCGAUGGAGUCGCUGCCUGAUUUAUGUUCUCCAGCUGGUGCUGUAUCAAUAUUGCCAACGGUUCUAUACCUCACUACCAGUGUUAUGAAAGAGAUAGCUUCGAUGACAACUAAUGGCAAAACAAACAAUGUAGCGGUGACUACUGCUUUGCAUGCGUUGCGUUCUUUUGUUACCCAUAAAUACUGCGCUGAUCCCAGAUCAAGUCAGCAGUGGAAAUCUUUAUUGCAAAGUACUAUGGCUAAAAUGAUUGAUUUGGCCAAAACAGGUUCGGAUGAAAAGAAAAUCGACGAAGUUUGCAUUAUGCUAGCGCUAUCAGUUUUCGUUUUAAAUGCUCCGGCUGAUGUUAUUGUUGUUCCUAAUUUACAGUAUCCUUGCAUUAAUUACUUUAGACAUUGCUUCCAAAGCGAAAAUAUACAAGUCAGAAUGAAAUGCGUUCAGACAUUGAAGCAUUUAUUUAAUCAUUCCGAUAAAACUGUUUCAAAUGGAUAUAUUUUGGCAUUAGCUCCCAGAUUGGUGGAGUAUUUGCAUUUGGAACCCACCAAAUGUCCAAAUUCUGAACUAGAACUUCAAUUAUCCAUUGAAGUUAUUAAUGCUGUGGAAUCGCUUAUACGACUGGCUGAGCCAGAUAAAGGAAAUAUUCUCCAAGGUGUUAAAGUACUAGGCAUGCUUGUACCUGCUCUAGUCGGAUUUCUACUAGAAGAGUCGAUGAAAUUCCCCAACAAGUAUCAGAAAUCAUUGCACGAGCAUAGUUUACAAUGGUUGACGAAAAUUGGACCCCAGUAUCCUCAAGAAUUCAAAACUGUCAUAUCUCAAAAUGGAAACCUGCGUUCUAAAUUAGAAGCUGCGGCUCGCGCUAAAGGUCAGAAAGGUAAACUAGAUCAGAAAACCGUAAUUUCCAAGAACGCGAUGAUUUCAACAGCCCCGACUAUUAAAUUAAAAACCGAUUUUACUAAUUUCCAAAGUUCCAUUCCUAAAAACUAAAUUUUUAGUAUUUUAUUAAGUAUUUAUACAGUGAAAGCAAUAUUCAUAUUAUGUAGAAAUGCUUGGUUUUAAUUUUCUUUUUUAUUUUCGACUCCAAUCUUAGCUAAAUUUUAAUUUUUUUUUUAUUUUAUAAGACUGCGUAAUAUUACCGAAUGUUCUUCCACUUUUUUUUUCGUUUUUUAAUUGAUUUUUAUUGGUUUACCAAUUACCAUUAGAUUUUAAAUAUUUAUUUUUGUUUCAACAUCGAUUGUAGAAAAUAUGGCUUUUUAGUAACUAAAAAUAUUUAAUGAAUUUCUGUUGAAGUAUUUUACGAACAGAUUUACUAAUGAAUUUUAUGUUAUUUGCGUAGUUAAUCAAUGUAAUAUUAAUUCAAUUGUGUAACAGUAGUGAUAGUUUUUUGAAUUGAAAGUAAAACAUGAAUACAAAAUAGUAAUUUAUUUGAAAAAAAGUGUAUAAAAUUUCUACUGCGUAAUUUUUAAACAAGCAUAAUCCAUUAGCUGAUAUAAUUCUCCAAUCAAUUUGCAGCUGAUGUGAAUACGUCAUGAAAAAAAAAACAAUGUUUGUAGAUGAAAAAUUAUUAACAAGUAACCAAGGAAAAAAAUCACAAUAAA